AUGGAAACACUGCUACUACCUGAUGGUCGAGAGAUAGCUACGUUGAAAGUUGUUGAUUUACGAGCGGAAUUAAAAAGGAGAGGGUUAACAACCAGCGGAGCAAAGAAAGUCCUAGCUGAUAGAUUAAAACAGUUUCUAUUAAAAGAAGUAAAAUCAACUUCCUCCUGUCAAAGUCAAUUUGAAAGCCUCCCUAGCCAAGACGUGACCGAUGUGAGAAAUCAAGAAAAUUUAAGCCCAUUACAAGCACAAGAAUCUGAAAAAUUAAAAGCAAAGGAAGAAAGAUCAUGCGACAACAACGAACUCAGUACAAGCGUUAUAUCUGAUGAUAUUUCACCUUCAAGCGAAUUGGAUACAAAUAGAAGAGAUACCGAAAACAGUGAUGAUUUAACAGUAGUAGCCAUGCCUAGUGUAAUGGAUGAGCUCUACGAUGACAUCAACAAUCGCUUGCAGCAAUAUGAUUCCAAUGAGUAUCAAAGAGAUACCCAAGUAAUACAUGAAGAUGAACAUAACAAACUACAUGCCGAUGAUGAUCGUGGAUCUGGUAAUGAAAGUUGCGAUAAGCAACAUCACAGAGAAAAUAGCAAAAUCGAUUUGCAAGAACAAAUAUCCGUAGAAAAAGAGACUGAAAAUUCUCCAUCCACACUAUUAGCUGAGGGUGGGAAUGAUCUCGAUCAUAAGUUUGGUCAUGGACGUGAGCGAACUGAUAGAAACGUAUCUGUGAUCCCAAAACCAUUGAGUAAAAGGGUACCGGAAGGAAAGAAUAAUUCUCAAAGUGAUGUUAAAAAAGAGUCUGAUAGCACUCUAAAGACUGAAGAUAAUUGUAGCCUGUGGAUUGGAGGUCUGCAGCACAAAGUUCGAGCAGCAGAUUUGAAGGAUAAGUUAUCGGAAUAUGGCAAGGUAAUAAGUGCGACAAUUAUUAUAAGUAUGAAAUCACUUGAAUCAAAGUAUUAUGGGCAUGUACAAAUGGCAAGACAUAAAGAAGCUGCUGAAUGUAUCGCUUGUCUGAAUAAUACCAAUAUAAGUGGAAGCGUUGUCACGAUUGAAUGGGCCACGAGUGAUCACACAUCUAAAGCUCAGGUCGUUAGAGGCGAUCAAGAAGCAAGUAAAUCCAAAUUUAGGUUUAAUAAAGAACUUUCUGAAGAUGAGACACUUUCGAAUUCCAAUCGCUCCAAUAUCAUAUCUAAAUCUAAUGAUGGCAUUAGAAAAGGGUCGAACGAAGAAGCACUUGACGUUAAACAAGGCACGAGUCCUCGAAGUCAGAGCAGAAAUGGUAAAGUACUUACUUUAGAAGAAAUCAGAAGUAGUAAGUUGCGCAGACAAAAUAAGGAGGAGCAUCUGCAUGUUAGAGAUCGUUUUCAAUCGGAUAAAGCUCGAGUAAUGCGAGACGAGGAUCGUUACAGAAAUAGACCUAGAGACUAUCAAAAUCGUAGAAGGGAUGUUCAUCACAGUCGACCUAAUCCUGAAUCAGCUUCCCGUUAUGAACAGCAUGGUUUGAAAAGAUCAGCAGAAUCGCCUGAUUAUCGCAGUAGUGGUGUAUCUGGUGCUAAAAGACUAGCAAGAGAAAGGACGUACGAGCACUCUAAAGAUACAGCUCGAAGCAUUAACGCUGGCUAUCGCCGAAAUAACCUAGGAUCUGAAUUGCAACAAAGAAGAAGUAAAGAUAGUACCCAUCGCGAUGGACACUCUGUUGUUCGAUAUCAUGUACAUCAUAGAAACGAUUGGGGAAAGCCAUCAUCAUCAGAAGAAAAAUUGGGUAGCUAUUAUAAUUAUCUACAAACUCGACGACAGAUACAUACACCAAUUCGAUUGGAAUCACGGCAUGAUAGUAACCAUCAUGGUAGAAUGUCUCGGUCAAAGCAUAGCUAUAAUCCAACUGAUACACAUCCAAUAACAGAGCGUUCAAGUGAUCGCGACAGGUCCAGAAACUCUGCUCGUGUAGUACGAAGUUCUGGUAUCCGGGACCGUGAGCCUAACAAGGAUCAUUCUUUUAGAUCGACUAGUGACGAAAGAAGUAGAUAUAAGAUCCAGCGAGAAGCCAUACAUAGAGAUGAAGGACGUGCCAAUUGGCCCGGAAGCAGCGGCCGUAUUGCCUCAAAUUCUAAUUCUUUUAUGUCACACUCUGAGCGCACAAACAAGCAUGCCGCCCACAAUCGUAGUGGUUUUAACCAGUUCCCCAACAGAGAUCGGAGUGUGCGUAAUCCUAGAGAUGACCGGCAUAGGACAUCUAGAAUUUCUAGCGCUGGCAUUAGGCGAAGUAGCGCCUUCGCUACGCGAAAUUAA